GGCAUGGCCAGGGAGCCUUUGUGGGCAGCCAGCGCCCAGACCGACGUAAGCCCAGCAGUCAGGGCAUGACAAGGUCAAAGUGCUGUGAGGUGGUCACACCCAGGGCUCCUGCGAGGGCCACUGUCCCUGGGCUCUCCUGUACUCUGAGCUCUUCCUCUGCAGAGAUUUGAGGUGUUUCAGGCUCUCACUGCUCCCCGGUGGUGGCCUUGCUUCUCAACCCUUGGUCUCUUGUCCCUGCCGCUGCCAAGUCCCAGCAUCUGUCCCAGGCCAUAUGACCUUGGUGUCCCAGGCCUACGUCCUCCCUGUGUACCUUGCCCUGAGCUGAAAGGGGGGAGGGCCAGGUUUAGGGCCCUGUCCCCAUCUCUGCUGCUGUCAUCCCCCAGCACAUCUGCACGAGCCAAUAGACUAUGCAUCUGGGAAGUCAUAAAGAAGAUGAGCUUCCAAACAUUGGGAAAACCAAAAGCAAGCAGGACUGGCCAUCACCUGUACUCCCUUCUUUCAGGAAACCUGAGGCAUCCCAGGGCUUGUUGAAAAAGGCUGUGGAGACCCUGCUUCUCUUCCAGCUUUCGUAAUUGCCAGUGGGGACUGAGAACAAGUCUCCUGACCACUCUUCUCAUCUGCAAGGACAUGCCCUACUACCGGUCCCAGUUUAAGAAGUGUGCAGUGGUGGGCAACGGAGGCAUCCUAAAGAACAGCCGCUGUGGGAGGGAGAUCAACAGCGCCGACUUUGUCUUCCGGUGCAACCUACCCCCCAUCUCAGAGAAGUACACCAUGGAUGUGGGCGUGAAGACGGAUGUGGUCACUGUGAACCCCAGCAUCAUCACAGAGAGGUUCCACAAGUUGGAGAAGUGGCGGCGGCCCUUCUACCGGGUGCUGCAGGUGUACGAGAACGCGUCGCUGCUGCUGCCCGCCUUCUACAACACGCGCAACACCGACGUGUCCAUCCGCGUCAAGUACGUGCUGGACGACUUCGAGUCGCCGCAGGCCGUGUACUACUUCCACCCGCAGUACCUGGUCAACGUGUCGCGCUACUGGCUCAGCCUGGGGGUGCGCGCCAAGCGCAUCAGCACCGGCCUCAUCCUGGCCACGGCGGCGCUCGAGCUCUGCGAGGAGGUGCACCUGUUCGGCUUCUGGGCCUUCCCCAUGAACCCCUCGGGCCUCUACAUCACCCACCACUACUAUGACAACGUCAAGCCCCGCCCCGGCUUCCACGCCAUGCCCUCCGAGAUCUUCAACUUCCUGCACCUGCACAGCCGGGGCAUCCUGCGCGUGCACACGGGCGCCUGCAGCUGCUGCUGAGGGUGGCGGGCUGGCCGGCCCCCGCGGCGAGCAGGACCCCGCUCCUCCUCUCCCUCCUGCAACGGGCGGGGGCGGGGCGUGGCUGCCGCUCAGGCUGUCACUGCCUCGGGCGUUCAGCUUCCUGCG